ACGCACAAUAAACUUGUUUAAUAUGUAAGAUAUUACUUUCUCAUAAGAUAAAUUCGUGUAUAGUAUCUUAUGACUCAUAUAAAUUAGUCAGCGCCAGUCACUGACUAGCGCGGUACAUACCUUUAGAGCUGACGGACUGACGUCGUAUUCGAGUGCAAAUGACUACAUGUCAAAGUCAGUGAGCGGCGUACUUUAAGUGCACUUUCUACCGGUGGAGCUGGAUUUCCUCCGAUCGAAUAAAAAAUGUUGGCUCUUAUUAAUCGAAUUUUGGAUUGGUUUAAAUCCCUCUUUUGGAAAGAAGAAAUGGAACUCACCCUUGUUGGCUUGCAAUAUAGUGGAAAAACCACUUUCGUGAAUGUUAUAGCGUCAGGACAAUUCAGUGAAGAUAUGAUUCCAACAGUUGGUUUUAAUAUGCGUAAAAUAACAAAAGGCAAUGUAACUAUAAAGGUUUGGGAUAUUGGAGGUCAACCAAGGUUUAGGUCUAUGUGGGAGAGAUAUUGCAGAGGAGUAAAUGCAAUAGUAUAUAUGGUAGAUGCAGCUGAUUCUGAAAAAAUUGAAGCAAGCCGCAAUGAACUACAUAAUUUAUUAGAUAAACCUCAAUUAUCUGGUAUACCAGUAUUGGUCCUAGGUAAUAAAAGGGACUUACCACAUGCUUUAGAUGAAAAUGGACUUAUAGAAAGAAUGAAUUUAUCAGCUAUUCAAGAUCGUGAAAUCUGUUGCUAUAGUAUUUCAUGCAAAGAAAAAGACAAUAUUGAUAUAACAUUGCAGUGGCUUAUAGCACAUUCUAGAAGUGGUGUUCGUUAAUACGUGUAACUAAUUUUAUGUUCUUACACAUCCUUAUCGAAAAGCCCAAGAUAUUGAUAGAAUGGGGAUCAAAUGUGCAAGGGAGUGUUCAGUAAUGAUUUUAUUCUGGAUUGAAUGAUUGAUUAUUGUAGACAAUUUUUUUAAAUCUAAGCUUUAGCUGUUAUCUGUUCAAUCAUAUAUAAAUUUAUAGAAAGUUCAAUGAAAAAAAACAAAGAAAUUUUGCUUAAACCAAAUAUGCUCAUGCAAAUGAUAACAAGACAUGUACAUCCUGCAAGCACCUUAGAAAUAAGUAACAAUUUUUUAUAUUGUGUUUUCAGAUAAUCAAUUUAAGUAACAGUGCUGUUAUUCUAACUUAAAUUCAUCAAGAAAAAAUAGCAUUUAAUCUAGAUACAAUGGUAGUUAGUAUGAAUACAAGCGCAAAAUAAUAUUAAUUAUCAUAUAGUACACACACAUUUUUGAAACUAUUUAAUUAAGAUUAAUACAUCACGGCAUAGAGAUUAUGAACAAUUGAUUGCUAUAUGUACACGAAUAUGAUGCUAAGUAAACUUGUAUAAUUAAUGGAGAAUUAUUAACAAUAUUAUACCAAUUUAUUAUGAUCCUUAAAAUAUGACAGUUGUGUUAUGUAUAUAUACACACAUCUAUAUAUAUGUAGAUAUAUAUAUAUAUAUAUACAUAUAUAUAUAAAAGAAUAAAACAAUGUAAUCCAUUUUUUAAAUGGAAGCUUGCCUUUAAAAAAAUUUUUAUUAUCAUUAAUAUGAAAUAAAAAAAAUAAAAUAUUGUAUGUUUUUAAAACAAUAGAUAACGAAAUUUUGAAUUAUGUUCAGUUGUUCAAUUCAAAGAUGUUAUUGGUUCAUACGCAUGACGUCAUGAUAUAAUCGAUUAUAUUGUCGAGAAUCGAUUUGUCUCCAGAAAAUUGAUUAGUUUCGUGUAUAACGUGAAAAUUAGUGUUUGGUAGUGAUAUUAAAUAAUAAAUAUUUAUUUAAAAAAUUAAUAUGCCAUCAACAACCGAUGAUGAUCCUUAUGCACAUGUAGCAAAAGGACUGUUAAAACUCAAAAAUGAUCAAAGCGUGAGUAAAAA